AAAACUAGUUUCAGAAUUAAUAAGUUAUAAAAGUGGUGAUACUUUAGAUUUUAACUAUGACACAUCUAUAAUUACACCAUUAAUGUGGUGGGAUGUUGCUAGAUCUAUUUAUAUUCAUGUUAAAGAAUUAGCAAAAUUAUUAUUUGCUAUUGUUCCAUCACAGGCAAGCUGCGAACUUAAUCUUGAUCGUCUUGAAAGUAUAGCCAAAGUUCAUUCUUUUUAUUUAUCUCAAAUUAAUAGUGAAUUAAAGUUUUAUGAACAAAAUAUAUCUGAAGAAGACAUGCGCCGAAAUGCUAUUGAUGAAACAAUGUAUAUGAUUAUUGCAGAUGAGGUAGAUGAUAUAGAUGAUAAUUUAGAAUCAAACAACAAUAAUGAUUUUACACAAAUACAAUCAUAUAAUGAAAAUUUAGAAAUUGAAAAAUUUGUAGAUUUUACUAAUUCGAUAUUUGGUGGGAUGUUAAUUAUAGAAAACCCAAAUCUAAGAGCAGUUAUUGAGG